AUGGUGGCUGGCUUCCUGUGGGAAGUGAAGCUCCAGCGUUUCCCCAGCCCGGGGGAGGUUGACUCACCCCCACGCCCAGGGCCCAGGAACCGGGGCGGCAGCUGUUCGGCACUGGCCCGACUGGUUUACUCGGCCAGCCCCACCCAGCGCCCCACCCCGUUGCACCCGGCUCGUCCAGACCUUGGCAAGCCAGCCAAGGACUGCCGACCACCCAGGAAGACAGGCCAGGAGACAAGGGAGCCCACGCCGCCCGUGGGCCCCAACGCCCCCAGAGCCUCCAGGCUGGGCUUUGCCUUCCUUCGGCCUCGGCCCCAGGCCCUGUCUUCUCACUCCACCGCGAGCUUCGAUCGAGAGCCCACCACCGAGGACCGCGCGGCCACGUCCAUCCAGUGCGCCUUCCGGGGGCUCCUGGCGAGGCGCGAGCUGGCACGCCGCCAGUGGGAGAAGCAGGAAUACCUGGAGGAGAUGGAGAAGCUGCAGACAGAGGCCUUCCUGGCCCUGGUGCGCCGGGAACAGGAGGCGGCUCGGCAGCAGCGCGAGGAAGAGGAGGCGGCGCAGCGCAGACGCCGGGAGGAGCUGCAGCGUCGCCAUCGCCUGCUGGAGGCGGCCUUCGACGGCAACGUGGCCGACAUCCAGGCCGUGCUAAAGGAGGUCGGUGUGGGAUCCAGGGGAGUGGGGGACCCCCGCGGACCGGUUGCUGACCGUCGGUCGGCCUGCACGGAGGCGGAGGACCUGCUGACGCGCGAGGGCGUGGGCCACGACGAAGGCGGCCAGGCGCGGCGGCUGCAGAGGCGCAUGGACCUGGUGGAGUCCGAGGACAGCAGCGGGAACACGCCGCUGUCGGAGGCGGCCGCGGGUGGGCAGCCGCAGACCAUCCAGAUGCUGGCGGAGCAGGGCGCCAACCCCAAUAGCAAAGUGGGUGACGGCGUCCCUGGGCGGCGGAGGCUUUGGGGGGGGGCUCCUGCUGAGGUGUCCCUCCUGCAGGGUGCUUUUGGCCGGACCCCACUGUACCGAGCGGCCUUUGGGGGCCACCUGGCGGCUGUGGAGGUUCUGUUGAAGUUGGGAGCUGACCCCCGGAUCUACGCGGACGACGGGAGCACCCCAGAGCAGGUGGCAGGGCAGUGGGGCCGCUUGGAAGAUGUGCAGGUGGCCUCUUUGGACGCGGUGGUCAACGUGCUGCAGUCAUGGGACCUGCGCCUCACGGAAGCCAUGCUGCAGAGCAUGGAGUCGGAGCGGCAGCGCCGCGCACGGGAGACGCAGCGGCACAAGGAAGCCGAGGCCCAGCGCCUCAACUCCAAGGUGCAGCAGCUGGCCAGGGCGCAACAGCAGUGUCAUAAAGAGGUCUGGGACGACCAGAGGAGGGGGCGGGCUCCUGUGUGUCUGGGGGUGGAGCUGGGGAGGAGCCAGGGGGUGGAGGGCGGUGCUCAGGAGACCCGGCGGCUGCAGCAGGCCUACUGCGAGCUCAACCGGAGGAUCACGGAGCAUGACAAGUGUGAGCGGAAACAGAUGGGCAAAACCGAGCUCACACUGCAGGUGGGCGACACCUGCACGCGGGGGCGCCAAAGCAGUGGUGCUCAGCCCCACCUCUCCUGCAAGGCCAUCAGGGAUGCAGAAGCCCAAGUGGACAGACUCCGGCAGGAGGCCCAGAAGGCCGAGGAGACGCUGGCCAUAGCUAGGCUGGCACUUCGGGAGCAGACUCAAGAGGAGGUGGAGGAGGUUCCUGGACUAAAGUGUCAGGUAACGGAACUUCACGAUGUGCUGAUGAAAGACGUGGGCGACCGUAUCCGCAAAGAUGGCAGGUGGCCUCUUGUCAUCGACCCUUCCGGCCAAGCAGCCACUUUCCUGCGCUACCAGGAUACUAACUACUUGGACACGCUGAACCCGGAGCACCUGCGGCCGGAGACAAUGCGGCUAGCUCUGCUCGGGGCGCUUAGGUACGGGAAGCCGCUGGUCUUCGAUCUGCGCGAAGUGGACAUGUUCCAGAUGGUGCAGCGGCAGCUGGAGGAGGUGCAGAUGGGCCUGGCGCAGGCGCUUCUGAGCCGGGCAUUGCUGGCGGAGGAGUCCUAUCUGUCUUUGCUGCGGCCAACUGAUGGGCCAGAGUAUGACCCCACCCAGUUCCAGGCGGCACGCCUGAUGCACUUCCGCCUCUUCUUCGUUACCAAGGUUCGGUGGCCAUCGGCGGAGCAGCUGCAGGCGCUGCUCCCAGUGCGCGUGGUACUGCCUGGCACGGGCCUCUAG